AUGUCUUCCCUGAGCUUUGUUACAUAUGAAGAAUUAAUAGGAAUCUUUUAAUUUCAAAAUCAUCAAAUAUAGUUCCAGAAAGAGUAUACUUAAGAAUGGUAAGAGUCAGAAAUAGUGAAAUUCAAAAGAUUCAUGAAAAGAAAUAAAAAAAUUAAGAAUGACAAAGUAUUCUUUCAAUAUCAAUCAUAAUUCAUUCAAACUAAAAAUUAUAUACAAUGCAGAAAAUUUUUAAGAGAUUAUAUAAGAAAAUUACUACAAAAACAUAGAUACGAUGUACUUAAAAAUCAUGAAAUACUAUAUUUUUUUGGACCUUUACAUCCAUAUUUUGAAGUAAUUUAAGAAGAAGAUAGAAUUAAAAUGAGAAGAUUUUAAUCCAUAAAGUAGAAUAAUAAAGAUGAAGAUAAAGCAUCAAUUACAACUCCAUAAUGA